AUGGGGGCAGCGUCCAGCCACGAGUGCUUCCCCGCGGUGUCCUCAGAGGAGCCACCCUGGCCCUCGCCCCCUCCGCCGCCCCCGAACAAGUUGACGACCCAAAUCCAGCACGGGACGCCGCCGAACGCGUUGGGGCUGACCUGGCAGGAGGUGGCGGACGUGCGGAGGACGCACGGGCUGCUGGCGCGGGACGCCACCUCGCACUGCGUGCGGAUGCACAUCAAGUACUUCCGUCGCUUCCCCACGCACCUGGAGCGCUUCUGCGGACGCGCGGCGCGCGCCGAGCCCCUGCACUACGCCCCCGCCGAGCUCAAGAGGGACUCGGAGUUCACCUCGCGCGCCCUCAUGCACGGGCUGGCGCAGCUGCAGUCGCUCCGCUGCAGCUGCACGGGCGACGACGCGAUGGCGAGCCAGCUUGCUGCCCUGGCGCGCGCGCACCGAGGGCUGGGGCUAACCAGGGACAGCUGCAGGCAAUACCGCGACGCAUUGCUGGACUACUUGGAGGAGGCGCUGCCGCAGGCCAUGACGCCCUCCGUCAGGCAGUCCUGGCGCACCUUCCUCACCACGCUGUGCGACGGCCUGGCUGACUGCCUGGCGGACGGUCUCGACCACCCGGACGAGCACCAGGCGCGCCGCAACGCCCUCACGUCGUCCUGGGUCGAGCACGAGCUGCCCAAGGGUUGGCCCCUGGUUGUGUACUACACGACGGGGGGCCACCGGACGUCCCACGGCACCCACGGCCGGAGGCGACCCUCCAGCUCCACGUGCACCAAGUGCGGCCAGGCGGCCUGCACGUGUAAGUGGGACACGAUCCACGAGGAGAGCGCCUGGAGGCAAGACAGCGACCCGUCGAUGCUGGAGAACGCCGAACAGGAGUCCUGUGCUGCACUUGAAGGGAAACAGAGCCAAUGCGCCAGCGAAUCACUUUCGGCGGGAACGAGCGCCUCGCAGUUCGCCGCGGAGGGCACACCGUAGGGUCUCUCAAGUCAAGAGCGACCGACCCGCCCGCCCGCCCCGAAGAGAUUAUUA